AAGUGUAGACAUGGCGGCUAUUUGGAGCUUCUAAUAAAACAAAAUGUAACGAGGCUAUAGAAAAUAGGAAAUAGUUUCAAUUACAGACCCCUAUAAAAUGUUUGCCAAUUUUCGUGGGCAAAUUGUCGGUGUUUUGUCACAAACAUUAAACAAACAUUGACCUUGAUUGGGAAGCGUAAUAAUACCGGGAUGGUUUUUUAUUGUGGCUGGGAAAAUAGUGUGAAAGUGUUACUUAACGCUUUUAUUGUGAGCAAUGCAACGAAAUAAAAAAGGUUCUUAUCAAUUUAACCCACCUACCCAAUGGUGGAGUAUUGACAAACCAUCAGACAUCAGACAGCUGUAGAAGAAACAACCAACGACAUGUUGCAUUGCAAGGAUUGGCUUUUAGUAUUUUGCGCAUGUGCAACCCUCAACGGCGCUCUAGGAUUCGAUAGUAAGAUUGUUAAUGGCACUUUGGCUUUGCCUGGAGAAUUUCCUUAUAUGGUCUCCUUGAGAAAUUCUUUUUCGGGACGCCACUCAUGUGGUGGCUCUUUAUUAAAUCGUGUUUGGGUCUUAACUGCCGCCCAUUGUGUUAAUAAACGGGAUGCCCAUAAAAUAAAUGUACAAUAUGGCAGCAAUGAAUUGGAUCGAAAUUCAACAAAUGUGGCCAAUUUGGCAAAAAUAUUCGUGCAUGAGGGCUACGAUCCCUCCAAUAGAUAUAUACAUGAUAUUGCAUUGCUAAGACUCGAUAAACCGGCUAAAGUGGAAAAAGAUUUCAUGGGAGUGCGUUUGCCGGAAUAUAAAAUGCAGACAGCUGAGGAAACACCAGCCAUUUUAAUUGGUUGGGGCCUUAAUGAGACUGGUGGCUACAUACAAAAUCAUUUGCAAAAAGUGGAUUUGGAUGUAUUCAGCGAUGCCGAAUGUAGUCGCCGUCAUGGUAUUCCAAUGCAUGCUUCGAAUAUUUGUGCUGGGGUUCCUGAGGGUGGCAAAGGACAAUGUAGCGGUGAUUCUGGAGGACCCCUCCUUGUUAAUGAUACUCAGAUUGGUAUUGUCUCAUGGUCUCGCAAACCCUGCACCGUUCCCCCCUAUCCUGGUGUGUUUACUGAAGUUUCUGCCUAUGUUGGUUGGAUUUUAGAGACAAUCCUCGAUGCCGAGGAUGAAGAGGAAUUUGGCGAUAGUGAAGAGGGUACCAAUGGCAUUGAGGGCAUAUUGAGUGGAAAUUUAAUUGUUGUUCGUUCGCCAAAGCAUUUUCAAUUGAAAAAGAAUUAAAGGAAAUAAAUGUGAAUGCUUUAUGAUACUUAAA